CAUUAUAAGUAUUAUAAGUGAUUUUCACAAAUGUAAAUCAGAUUGUCGAUUUUUUAUCAUAACUUUUCUCCACCCGAAUUUCUUUGAAAGAUGGGAACAAGAACGUUACUUUUAACAACUGGUAUGUUAAUAAGUGGUGUUUGCAACACCAUUCUUAACAAAUACCAAGACAUGACAUGCGUUGAAGACUGCGAUGAUCCAGAUAAUGCAAAAUAUUUUGAGCAGCCUGUAUGGCAAACUUUUAAUAUGUUCUUUGGAGAAACUAUGUGUUAUGUAUUAGUUUAUGCAAUUUUGAUCUGGGAAUACCAUCAAGCUAGAAAAUAUGCCCCUUUAGCUGUUGAUGGCACCUUAACAGGUAAUUCAGAAGAAAAUAUUGUCAUUGAAGAGAAUGAAAAUGCUGACGUUAAAGUUGAAGAAGGAGAAGAAUUGACUGGAUGGCUCGUAUAUCUGUUUUGGUUGCCAACCUUGUGCGACAUUUGCGGCACUACACUUAUGAAUAUUGGAUUGAUCUAUACUACUGCCUCAGUUUAUCAAAUGCUUCGCGGAGCAGUUGUUUUAUUUACUGGUAGUUUCUCUGUAUUAUUCCUUCGUCGCCGUCUCUAUGCGUACCAUUGGUUUUCUCUUUUUCUCGUAGUUUUGGGUGUCACAAUAGUUGGCAUGAGUAGUAUUCUCUUUCCAUCAGCCGAAGAAAAAUCUGAUCCGUUAAUUGAUACUUUGAAUUCAAACAGUGCCCACACUAGCAAUGGCGAUCUAAAAGCUUCUAUCGGAGUAUUCUUUGUUAUAUUUGCUCAAAUUUUUACGGCAAGUCAAUUUGUUAUCGAAGAGAAAAUUAUGGAAAGAUAUCAUGUUAAACCUUUACGUGCGGUCGGACUUGAAGGAAUAUUUGGACUCUUAACAGUUGGAGUCGGUGCCAUAAUUUUACAUUUUACAAUAGGAAUACAUCAUCCUGGUGGAUAUUUCGAUAUUUCAACAGGCUGGAAUCAGAUACUCUCUUUUAGACAAAUUUGGAUUACAGGGAUCGCUAUAAGCUUCUCCAUUGCAUUUUUCAAUUUUUUUGGAUUAUCAGUCACCAGGACAUUAAGCGCAACUUCUAGGUCUACUAUUGAUACUUCUCGUAUUGUAUUAGUCUGGGUAGUUUCACUUUUUCUUGGUUGGGAAAGCUUCUCUUGGUUUCAAGUAACUGGAUUUGUUAUUCUUGUACUUGGAACAUUUAUAUUUAAUAAUGUUAUAAGACCUCCACCUUUUUUCACCGUACCUUCACCAAGUGUACAAGAAAUUGAACCUUUAUUAUCCGAAGACCAUGAACACAUGUAAUGAUUAGCUAGUUCAACUUAAAGUUUAGUAAAAGUUAUCGCAUUUUUAUAAUAUAAUAAGGAUUAUAAAUGGUAUUCAAUACCAUAGUAUUUUUUUACAUGGCCUAAUAGUGUUUUUAAAGAUAGCAAAACAUCUAUAAAUUAUUUAUAUACAGUAACCUGCCAAAAAUUACCUCAGAUUAUUUUUUUGGAUGCUAAACUGCAUUAAUUCAUACUUAGUAAAAGUACAAUAGUCACAAAAAUAUUGAGUGUAAUUGUAGAGAGAUGAUUUAAAGCUCAUUAGAUUUACCAUAAUAAAAUAGACCAAAUGGUAAUAUUUAACUUCAAUGUAUAAUUAGUACUCUUAAUAGAUCGAUCUGAUCAGAUUGGUAAUACAGUACAACCUAA